AUGGAUUACAUUCUGACAAAUAUUCAGACUGACUGUAAUUUUAGUUUGGUGCGGCUUGUCUCUUACGUGACUCACACAACGAUCUACACCACGGCGCGUACCACAAGUUACGAUGCAGUGGUUGAUCAAUUCUUUCAGAGAUUGUUGUCCAAACAAUCACUUAAUGGUGUCACGUGA